UACACCACAUUUCACACGGCUCCAGCAAUGCAUAACAACCAUUAACCACCUCUAUAAAUACCCCCUCAAAACCCAUAUCUACCCAUUACACCAUAGAAGUACACACAACUCACUCCAACGUAAUGGCACCAAAGCUAGCCACAUUACUCAUCUUUCUAGCCGUUAUCUACCUAGCCCAAACCACCAAUUCCACCACCAUCAAACCCUCCUCCAGCUUCAUCAAGUCGUCUUGCGCCACCGCAACCUACCCGGCCUUAUGCGAACAAUCUCUUUCGCCUUUCGCCAAAACCAUCCAAACCAGCCGGGCCCAGUUGGCCCGGACCGCGUUGGCCGUGAGCCUUAAACAGUCCCAAACCACCCAAGCCUAUUUAAACAAGCUUAAGCAAGUUAAAGGACUAAAGCCCCGUGAACGGUCCGCAAUUGGAGACUGUUUAGAAGAAGUUAGUGAUAGUUUGGACCGGGUCAGCAAGUCCAUCAAAGAGCUCAAGAACUGUGACCGGGUUAAGGGUCAGGAGUUCAUUUGGCACAUGAGUAAUGUCCAGACAUGGGUUAGCUCUGCACUGACUGACGAGAACACUUGUAUGGAUGGGUUCGGGGGUAAAGUCAUGGAGGGUCGGGUCAAAUCAUCGGUUCGGGCUCAUAUCACUAGUGUUGCACAUGUUACUAGUAAUGCUCUAGCACUUGUUAACAACUUUGCACAAAAGCAUUAGUUGUUGACUGGUGUGUAAUGUUACUUACUAUAGUACACCAUCACCAAUGAACCUUUUUUUGUGUUAUAUGUUAGUAGUGUUGUUAACCCGUUUGCGCGUGUUUGGGUCGGGUUUGAGUAAGUUUUACGGAUAUGGAAGAUGUAUAAAUUAAUAAGUGUUAUAUAUAUAUAUAUAUAAAUGUUUUUUUUUUUUGUUUAGCAUAAACAAUGAGGUUGUAAAAUUAUUAAGUC